UGGAUUAGUGUGUUUACAACUCAUAUCAUCCCGGGUGCACCCGGCAUCACCCUGUCAUCCAAAAUAGAACCAUGCAAUUUGCAUGUUCAGGCUGGUGCAGGAUAGAACGUAGGCUACUAGACUAUUUUAUAAUACAUGCCUGUUACUGUACUUUCUUUGGUAAAGACUGAAGAUUAUUAUUGCGAACUAGCUAGCCUAUCUGUCGCAGCGUCAGGCCACCCACCAUCUGUGGAAGUGGGACAAGGGAACAGAUGGCGCAUCUGAGCCGCCCUGCAGGGCUGCUGACGUUGACUGUUAGGACAGCACUGGAGAUGAGUAUCGGUCAAUAAAAUAAAAGGCUGUUGUUAGCUUUUGCACAUAAGGCCAAUUCUUUGCAGCCAUUACAAUGUCAGAGUGACUUGGAUAAGAGUGUUUGACAAGCAUUGCAGAUUGACCAAAUUGAUGCGCGAGGACUCGACCACUGGCAUCAACUUAAUCCCAUUUGACGUGUCUCCAGCUCGGUGAACAAUGGUUGACAACCGCUACGCUACAGCUCUGGUCAUCGCCUGUGUGCUGAGCAUACUGGCCACCGUGUAUCUUUCGGUGGCCAUCGGGACGCAACACUGGUACCAGUACAGCAGCCCCACCGUGCGCGGAGAGGCCAACGUGUCCGAGCUGCGUUCCCUCUAUGAGGAGUUCAUGGACGGGGAGUUUGAUGAGAAAACCUACAGCGACACCCUGUUCCGCCUCAACGGGACUGUGGGCCUCUGGUGGCGGUGUGUGCUCGUUCCUGCCAACGCACACUGGUACAAAGAGCCAGAUGUCAAGAUUAUGCUAGAGUGUCGAAGCUUCACUCUACCUCAGCAGUUCACUCCAAAGUAUAAAGAACCAGGCAACCACAACAGUGGAGAAGACAUGCUGCGCACAUACUUGUGGAGGUGCCAGUUUCUGCUGCCACUGGUGUCCUUGGGUCUGGUGGUGUUGGCAGCCCUGACUGGGUUUUGUGCCUGCCUCUGCCGAAGCCUCACCCCCACCCUCGGCAUAGGAGUACUUCACCUGCUGGCUGGCCUCUGCACCUUAGCCACAGUGUGCUGCUACCUGGCGGGAAUGGACCUGCUCCACAGGGUGUCGAUGCUGCCUGAUAAGGUGGAUGGCUCUCUGGGAUGGUCCCUCUACUUGGCUCUCAUUUCCUCCCCGCUCCAUAUGAUGGCCGCUGCGCUGCUGGUGUGGGCAGCACGCAGCCACAGUCAGAACUACUACCGUAUGACUGCCUACCGGGUGGCAUAGACUGAGAUUCAGUUCUGGAUCUUUGCCCUGUUUAAAUUCAUACCCCACUCUGUCACCAAGAUGCAUUUUAUAAUGUUCUCAAAGGAAUGUGAUGUGGGUUAAUCUGUGCGUUUUGCCCUCUGAUGGAUUAAAGUGCAUAUAGUAAUGAUGACCCUGUCUGCUGCGUUAAAGGAUUAAAUUUGUAUCUCUUUACGGGUUACGGGAAUUGGUUUGCAAAAGGUCAACCAGAAAGAUGUGUAUAGUAGAACACAUGUUUGCUUCAGAAUAACUUAACACUAAGCUGUAAAGCAUUAGCUCUGUCCCAGUUUCUUAUUACACCUUCAUUAAGUCCAGUUUCUGAAUAAGAAGUGCGUUCACAUUGAAAAAGUGAAAAGAAACAAAGUAAUUGCUGACAUUUAGGAAUGCAGAAACAUCAUUAAAAAAUAAAUUAGACAGGAAAAACACGAGCAGGCAACACGAUUAGACAAGAUUUAAACAAAUCCUUAUAAUAGCCAAAUUUAUUUGAAAGAGAAAAUUAAGUCAACUGAUUAAAUUAUUACAGAAACAGGUUCAACUUUGACCUAUUUUUUAUUAUAUUUUACUGUAGUUGUGCAUGCACAGUUUCCUAAAACAAUGAGGAAUAAUUACAGACAUUUCAUAUGUUCUCUUAUCUGCAGCUAGUUUCUUGCCCUGUCCGUUUUAAUUGCUGUGUUCCCAUUGUUCCUAAUACAAAAAUAUAAUAGCAGAAGCAUAAUAAGAUCAGUUUAGAAACACAACGUUGUCUAGUUAAAGGCAUUUGUGUUUGGGAGUUUCAUCAAUCUAAUCCAAAUUGUAAUAGGAAUUGUGAUUAAAGUAUGCAGUUUUUAGUAUGCAUGCUAAAUUUGCAGGAUUCCUGUUGUUGACUAUAUCCUACGAUGUAAUGUACAAAGCAAACGAAUAAGAUACUCACAACUGGAUAAAAUGUAUUCAAAUUGUGGACACCUGGGGAUUUUUCUCUAAAAACAAAAACUAUGAAAUAUUUUAAAACAACUCUUUAACUGGCACGAGUGUUUGAAAGUCAGAUUUAUUUGAUGCUUAGAGAUUAUUACAUACAGUAGUACAUAAUAUAUACUAUAUUAAGUCUGUGGUAUGGCAUUGGUACACACCUUUUGUUUUCCUGACCUCUUUUAUUGCACCUCUGAUCACACCCAGAAUUACAGUUGCGUGUGGUGACACCUAAUUACAUUUAUAAUAACACAGCUGACGUAGGUGUACUGGCACUGAAGCAAGACAAAAACCGCGUAGGCAUUCAUAAUAUAUUUAUUUUGACAGGUUUGCUGUUGUGCAAUAAGUCUUUUACUUUAGCUGCUUCAAAACACAGACUGGGACAGUGGGCAUCAAUGAUUGAGAGUGACAAUGAAUAUUAUGUAUAUACGUUUCUGUUCUUGCAAAAAAGAUUGACAUCCCUUUUUUUUAACUUAAGUGACGUUUAUUCAUGGCCAUUAUUAGGGUCAGAUUGUGUUUGUUUUAUAUUUCUUUACCCAAUGAAUUGUUUUCUUUGCUAUUUUCAAGCAUUACUAACAUUUUGACUGAUUCUUUAGGCUUUUGUAGAAAAUAUCAAAAAGUUAUGCUUUAAACAUUGUCAUGGUUUUUAACCAUUUCUUGUUUAGUUUAGUUGCCCUUACAUGCUUAUAUACAUUGGUUUCAUUUUGUAAAUAUAGUUGUGUUUGUUAUUAUUUAUUUGAUUCAUGUUUGUUCAUUUAUUUUUUAUUCACUUGUUACAACCAUUUCAAUUCAACAGGAAUUAAUGGAAACAGUGUUUCCCUGUUAGGCAUUAUGAAUGUAAAUUAAAGGCCAUAUUGUGGUAAUCUACAGUGUUCCUUUGCACUUAAAUUAUUUUGAACAUAUCCUGAAUAUUGCAGUAGUGGUCCAUAGUGAAUUUCUAUUUUAUGAAGAUGUGUCCCAAAACAAAAUAAAUUUAGAAAAGAAAAACUAUGCUAUAUAUUUGCAGACAUGUAUAAAUUACCACCAGUCUCACAGUUUCAUAAAACUAAAGAAUGUCUGUGAAAUUAUGCACUGUAUGUGGUCUGAUGGUCUGGCUUAUGGUAAAUUAGAUUGUAUUUUGCAUAUUCAGCCUUUUAAAUCAAGAAAUCGUUCUAUCCCAGAAUUCACUGUAGCGUAAAUAUAACAAAUGUCCAUGUAUGACUGCUUUUGUGAAUCUACAGUGAUGUUCACUCUCCAGUUGUGAGCUGAAACAGUUAAUAAAUGUACACCUAAAUAUCGUGUGUGAGUGUAAGCGAGCGUACACGUGCGUGUUCCAAGCAACUGCUGUUGUUUCAAUAAAAGCUUUUUGUAAAAUUUA